AUGGAAGCUAGCAUCCAACUCGUGCAGGUCAUUCAAGAAAUGCGGGUAGAAAUAGACAGACUAGAGAAAGAGAAUCAUGCCCUCCGUGUGAAGCUGACUUCAAUUAGUCAGACAGUCUCUGGCUCAGAGAAGGAACCAGAAGAUGAGACAGAAGAAGCAGUGUAUGGGCAAUCUCCGGGGGUCCUGUCUGGUGGUAUUCACACUGAUUCUACACCAGCUAUGCAAGAACAAGGCAAUGUCAUGAUUGUUAGACGCUACUCUGUUUCUCCAUCGGUUCACUCAUAUGAAACAAAUGACCCCUGGAAAGCUAGAAACAGACUUCCAGACAUCAUUGGAACAUCAUUGGCACAUUCUUCAACUAGAAAUCAAGACAAUGGAGAAAAGAUAUUGGCCACAGAUGCUUACAGCAGCUACAAUUCCAGGCAGAGAGCUUCUUCUGAUCACACUUUUGUUUGCAGGGAGAAGACAAAGACAGUCAGUUUCCAGUUACCUAGGGAUAGGUCAUCGGUUCCCAAAAGCCCACAUCUUUUGAAGUGCUCAACAAAUCAGACCACAGACCAGCUAAGCAUCAUUGCAGAAAAAGAUGUGUGA